CACCGGUGUCGGCCACUCACCGCAACGACGAUAAGGAAAUAGUAGUGUGUGACGAGGUGAAAAACACCCUUGCAUAACACAUUGCCAGUUUGCCGUGCCACUUACCCUUCGACGUGUUUCAGAUCAAGAUACCGAAAGAGUGUCGAUAGUGGCGCCGAGAUAUCGUCGCCAUUGUUCGGCGCUUCGAUUUCGACACCGGCAGCAAUUCAUUCUAUUCCCGGCCAGCGCAGCUCCCUCCAGGCAGCACAUUUUGUCAUCCGGCACUAUCGUCGAAGCGUGCUUCCUUCCCGGUGUGGCUCAGCUGAGCGGCCACGCGAACGUGAAUUCCGUCGUGCGUGCCCCCUUUCACUUGCCUCGGGGGAGGACUUCAGCGGUUAGACGACCCGACAGCAACGCCACGCGCGCUUUUUCUCGCAGUACACCUACCUCGUACACACGCGCACGGCCUUCGUCUGGCGCUGCGCUGUGACCGCUUGCUCCAUGCGAGGAAACCUGUUGCUUCUAGCUACAAGGUUCAGAGAAGAAAGAAACAGGACACGCGUUGAAACAGUAGGCCGUUUUGCGUCACCGUUAUACUCUUUCAAGACGGGUUUUUUUUCGUUUCGGUCUUCCAGACGGCACGCAGUGAUCGCAGCUUUGCUGUAGCAGCGGCGUGCGCGUCUCGUCUCCCUCGGCAAAGAGCUAGCGCUGCUGCGGGCCAUCGAAGAUGGCCCGUCCUUGGCAGCGCAGCCUGGACAUCAUGCCACCAAGUCGGAAAGGUAGCAUGCCGGAAGAACCUCCCGGGGCCGAACUGUACCCGACGAAGCUGUCCGUGGGUGAGGUGAAUCCUGCCUUCCACGACGAUACGUGUGCGGAUGCCACUGAAAUGCAGUCCCCGGUUUCCCUCGGCUCCACCUCCGCUCACUGCGGUCGUGCGGACUGUUCGAGCCAGCGGUCGGCGUCGCCCCUCUCCGAGAAGACACCCUGGAAGAAGCGGCUGCCCUUCUUCACCAAGGUGGCCGUAGCCGUGCUGUUCCACGCUUACCUGGCGGCGGGAAUCUCGCUCACAUGGAGCAGCACACCCGACUACUGUCACGACGUGAAGUUCCUCACCGUCGUCACCGCGAUCGGCUACGUUUACGUUCUGUGGUGCGUCGUGUGUGCGCUGUUGGGGAAAACCGGUGCGGUGUGUGACGCGUACCAAAGCCUCCGCGAUCGGAUCACAGUGACGUGGGUCAAGAGCCGCCUGCUGCGGCCAUGCACGUGGUUGUUAGUGUGGUUGUGUCUCCUCUCGUUUCUGGUGUACGAUUCCAUCAAGGACAUCCAGCGACUCAUCUCUCUCGCCGGUAUCGUCGUCCUUCUCCUCAUCGGAUUCAUUUUCUCUAAUGCCCGCUUCAGGGUCGACUGGUACCAGGUGAUGUGGGGGUUGCUGCUUCAGUUCCUACUCGGACUCGUCGUGUUGCGCUGGAGCCACGGUAGGGACGCACUCCAGUGCCUCGCCAACAAGGUCAAGAACUUCCUAGACUACACCAACAGUGGGUCUCACUUCGUAUUCGGCCACCUCGCUUCUGGAUGGAACUUGACAGAAGCGCUCGGCGACUUGGUACCUAAAAAGAUAAUGCAGAACGUCACCAACGUCACUAACAUCACCACUAUGCCUAUUGUCGACACCAUCAAGUCACUGCCCGCCGUUUUCAUGUUCCAGGCACUCCCGGUCAUAUUUUUCUUCAGCUUCUUUGUGAACAUCCUGUACUUCUAUGGCAUCAUGCAACGUCUCGUACUUAUCGUGGGCAGCUUCCUGCAAUUCACCAUUGGGACCACGGUGUGCGAGUCGAUGACGGCCGCCGCCAACAUCUUCCUGGGGAUGACCGAGGCGCCGCUGGUUGUUCGGCCAUUCCUCUCCAAGAUGACAAAAUCAGAGCUGCACACGGUCAUGACCGGCGGCUUCGCAACCAUCGCCGGUAGUGUCAUGGCCGCGUACAUACACUUCGGCGUGAGCCCUGCCCACCUGAUGACGGCGUCCAUCAUGAGCGCGCCGGCCGCGCUAGCUUAUUCUAAGCUGCUCUACCCGGAGACGGAAGAAAGCCAGACUCAGCGUGAUAACAUUGUGAUGCCCAGGAGCGAAGAAAGCAACGUCCUGGAAGCGGCUUCGAACGGAACCAACGUGGCUUUGGCCAUGAUCGGCAGCAUCGUGGCCAACCUGGUUGGUUUCCUUGCCUUCAUCGCGUUCCUGAAUAGCACGCUCCAGUGGUUCGGCUCCAUCGUCACUCUAGACUUCCUAACCUUCGAGUGGCUCUUGGCCAAAAUCUUCACUCCGUUGGCUUUCAUAAUGGGCGUUCCCUGGAAGGACUGCGGCGUCGUUGGAGAGUUGAUUGGCAUCAAGACGUUCGCCAACGAGUUCAUCGCCUACUCGAGGCUCGCCGGCGUCAUCCACCAGCUCGACGAGAGGUCGACGGUGAUAGCAACGUACGCCCUGUGCGGCUUCUCGAACCUUGGUUCUAUUGGGAUCUGCAUCGGCGGAUUAGGGGCCAUCGCGCCCGACCGCAAGAGUGACUUGGCCAAACUGUCUUUCAGAGCUCUGGCAGCCGGAUCGGCCGCUUGCUUCCUCACGGCAUGUGUGGCCGGAAGCCUCAUAGCCUAAGACCACUUUGCUGCUCGAAAUGGAAUUGAACGUGUUCGUCGUUUUAGGCAUCAUGGUGCCCGGACUCAGUGCUUCACUUGUUUUACAGUUUUACGAAGGAAGCUCGUGUCUGAAUCGAGCGAAAUGGAUAGCGAGUUUCUUCCAGUGAUCACUGCCUCGGCAUGGGUGACCUUAUGUCUAAAGAAAGAAAAGAAAAGAUGAACUUCGCAAACCGUUGAAGGCAAAGUCAUUAGGCUAGGGCAUUAUACAGAGAGUUACUCGAUAUUAAGAAAAAAAUUAGAAGUACCGUGUGAAGUUUGCGAACGUGUGAUUGAGGGAGAUAAACAUUACAGGCCCAAAAUAUGUUUGGCGGUAAAACUUUGGUGAAGCAACUAGGACAGACUCAUCUGCUAGAAAGUAUGUGUGCGUCAAGCGCUGGUAUUUAGUGUGAUCCGCAUCAAACGUAUCGCAGCAUCAUUGAAGGAGGCCCACGGUACGGCAUCAUGCUCUACCAUUGUAGAGUACCAAGUACUCAAAAUCGUUGACCAGUUUUUCUAACAUGGUCGCACGUCAUAGAGGUAACCUCACGACUUAAAAUGUUUCGUUCUCCAGUUGUUUUAAGAUUGAAUAAUGUACCAUGUAAAAAAACAUCGUACAUUUGAUGCGGCGAACCAACGUUACCCAUGUCGCGCUUCACGCUGUUUCUCUGCCAGUGUCGCUGUGCAGUCCAGGGAACCCCUCCGACAACAAGCGCCAUGUCUGAAGUCGUACACAACACAGACGUACUUUUAUCUCGCCACCCAUUGCAACAUCUUUGUAAGAAGCUGCAAAAGUCACCUUCGUUUUAUCUUGAUAUCCAUUGAUUGCUGUACAUGAACGUGGCGAGUUUUUUUUUAAAUGAUGAUACGUCGGCAUAUCACUGAACAUGUGCGGUGAGAUAUGUAUUUAUUAAUAUAUUUUUGCUUAGAAAUAACCACCUUUUUAACGCAUAUAGGUUUGGUAAUUUCUAUUUUCAAUUCGUUAUGCGUUCGUACUUUAAUUUCUAGUCCCUCAUGAGAGAACAAGACGUUGCGGUGACCUCUCACAAAUGCAACAUAAUACAGACUUACUUACGCAGUACAAAUUGUAUCACUAUAUCAUUCAUAUUAGCACUGAAUGGCUACGUUAUCAAGCAGAUUCACGAAAAAAAAUUGUACUGGGUUAUCUUUUAAUCGAAUUUUAAUCGAAGAAGGUGGGAGCUAUGGCUCUGUCAGUGGGGAGUAUGUUUCCUUUUUUUUUUACGUUGAUCUCCUACCCGCCUUCUUGCCACAGACCAUGUCGACGUACAAGUAUGAAUGUUACUUGCAUGUGUGCUUUUUGUACUUUGACGCGAGUGUGACGGCUCAAAUCACGUGACGAUUGUGACGUACAUGUGUACCGGACUCUCCUAGCGGUACUACUGACCAUAUCGACUUUGCUUGUGACGUUUCAUGAAGCACUUGUAGUUAUA